AGCUUUAAAGCUGUCAGCAGCCGCAGGAGACAGCCAGACUUGGGCUGGAACUAUGGCCGAGUUCAGCGUGACAGUGUCCACUGGGGAGGCCAUCGGGGCCGGCACGUGGAACAAAAUAGCCGUCAGCCUCGUGGGGACCCGGGGAGAGACGCCCCCCCUGCGCCUGGACCAUCCGGGCAAGGAGUUCAGCGCGGGCGCUGUGGAGGACUUCCAGGUGGCGUCCCCCCAGGACGUGGGCCCGCUGCUGCUGCUGCGCGUGCACAAGGCGCCCCUGCUGCUGCCCGCCCCGGUCGGGCCGGUGGCCCGUGACGCCUGGUUCUGCCGCUGGUUCCAGCUCACGCCGCCCCAGGGCGCCCCCUUGCGCUUCCCCUGCUACCAGUGGCUGGAGGGCGCGGGAAGCCUGGCGCUGCGCGCAGGGGCCGCCAAAGUCCCCUGGGCGGACGACCACCCCAUCCUGCAGCAACAGCGCCAGGACGAGCUGAAGGCCAGGCAGGACUCGUACCACUGGAAGACAUACAGCCCGGGCUGGCCUCACUGCCUGGAUGAGAAGUCUGUGAAAGAUCUGGAUCUCAACAUCAAAUACUCUGUAAUGAAGAAUUCCUGCUUCUACCUGAAAGUCAGCUCCGCGAUUACGGAGCUGAAACUCAAGGGGCUGCUGGACCGCAAGGGGCCCUGGAAGAGUCUGAAUGAGAUGAAAAGGAUGUUCAACUUCCGGAAGACCCCAGCCGCUGAGUACACGUUGGAACACUGGCAGGAGGACACCUUCUUCGCCUCCCAGUUCCUGAAUGGCCUCAACCCUGUCCUGAUCCGCCGCUGUGGCCACCUCCCAGAGAACUUCCCCGUCACUGAUGACAUGGUGGCCCCGGUGCUGGGCCCCGGGACCAGUCUGCAGGCCGAGCUGGAGAGGGGCUCCCUGUUCCUGGUGGAUCACGGCAUCCUCUGCGGCGUCCGCACCAAUCUCAUUAACGGGAAGCCUCAGUUCUCCGCAGCCCCGAUGACCCUGCUGUACCAGAGCCCCGGGGGAGGGCCGCUGCUGCCCCUUGCCAUCCAGCUCAGCCAAACUCCAGGACCCGCCAGCCCCAUCUUCCUGCCCAGUGACAACAAGUGGGACUGGCUGCUGGCCAAGACAUGGGUGCGCAAUGCCGAAUUCUCGGUCCAUGAGGCUGUCACGCACCUGUUGCAUGCGCACCUGCUGCCAGAGGUUUUCACCAUGGCUACACUGCGCCAGCUGCCCCACUGCCACCCACUCUUCAAGCUGUUGAUCCCACACACUCGGUAUACCUUGCACAUCAACACUCUGGCCCGUGAGCUGCUCAUCGCCCCAGGGCAGGUGGUGGACAGGUCCACAGGCAUUGGCAUUGGAGGCUUCUCUGAGCUGAUACAGAGGAACAUGGAGCAGCUAAACUAUUCUGUCUUGUGUCUGCCUGAAGAUAUCCAGGCCCGUGGAGUCAAAGACAUCCCAAACUACUACUACCGGGAUGAUGGGCUGAAGAUCUGGGGUGCAGUGGAGAGCUUUGUCUCCGAGAUAAUCAACAUCUACUACCCGAGUGAUGCAUCCGUGUGUGAGGACGGUGAACUCCAGGCCUGGGUGUGGGAGAUCUUCUCCGAGGGCUUCCUGGGCAGGGAGAGCUCAGGUAUGCCCUUCUCACUGGAGACCCGGGAAGCCCUGGUGCAGUAUGUCACCAUGGUGAUAUUCAACUGCUCAGCCAAGCACUAUGCCGUCAGUGCGGGGCAGUUUGACUCCUGUGUCUGGAUGCCCAACCUGCCCGCCAGCAUGCAGCUGCCACCCCCCACCUCUAAAGGCCAGACAAGGCCAGAGGGGUUUCUAGCUACCCUCCCGCCGGUCAAUGCCACAUGUGACAUUAUUGUGGCCCUCUGGUUGCUGAGCAAGGAGCCUGGAGACCAACCUUGUGGUUGGUUCCCAGCGGCCCCUGGGCACCUACCCAGAGGAGCACUUCACAGAGGAGGCUCCCCAGCAGAGCAUCGCGACCUUCCAGAGCCGCCUGACCCAGAUCUCAAAGGAGAUCCGGGAGCGGAACCAGGAGCUGGCACUGCCCUACACCUACCUGGACCCUCCGCUCAUUGAAAACAGUGUGUCCAUCUAACUCCCCUGAAGAACGAGGUGCUCUGAGGCCUCCCUUUGACCCAUCAAUCCAGGCCACCCAGACCAAAGGACUCCCCCAGAAAACCUGUGCCCCAUAUGCCUCACCUGGGACAACCAAGCCACCUGUAACUCACCCCACACACACAACACAACAACAGAAACAAAACAGAGAAACAAAAGGCCCCAGAGAACAGGACUUUCAUGAGACAGUACCUUUUGAAGAACCCAAGCUUCCAAGUGCCUGAACACCCACAGUUCCCUUAAAGGGUUUUAUAACUUUGUUUUGCUUUGCAUUUAUGCCUUACAUUACGAUGAGAGGGGGAUGUAAUCCUACCCCUGAUCCCACUGACCGCAGCUGAGUGGACCUAAUGGCCACCUCACCUCCUACAGGCUUCCCAGCAGCACAAGGGGUGGCAGGUGGAAAAAUCGCCCAAGAGGUUGAUAGUGACCUAUGGUCCCAGCUAGAAAAUGAACAACCCACAAAGAAGGGGCCACCAGAAGCAGGGCAGGAGAAGGACGACUUUCUGGGACACGCAGGCUGUGCCCACAUAUGCUUUCUUAAAAACUUGCUCCAAAGUUGGACAAAAGGCACCUGGGUGGCUCAGUCAGUUGGGCAUCUGCCUUCAGCUCAGAUCAUGAUCCUGGGGUCCUGCGAUUGAGCCCCCAAGUCGGGCUCCCUUCUGAGCGGGGAAUCUGUUUCUGCCUC